AUGUCAGGAGGAGGAAACAAGAGAAAGACUACCUUCAUUGAGAAGGCCACCAAGCUUUUCACCACUUACGAUAGAAUGAUCAUCGCCCAAGCCGAUUUCGUCGGUUCCAACCAAUUGCAAAAGAUCCGUAUUGCUCUCCGUGGUAAGGGUGGUGUUCUUAUGGGUAAGAAGACUAUGAUCCGUAAGGUCGUCCGUGACUUGUUGGAAACCAAGCCAGAGUUGGAAGCUUUGCUCCCACACUUGAAGUCCAACACUGCCAUCAUUUUCGCCAAGGACAAUUUGACUGAAAUCAAGUCAAUCGUCAAGGGUCAACGUGUUGGUGCACCAGCCAAGGUUGGUGUCUUCGCUCCAGUCGACGUCAUCGUUCCAGCCGGUCCAACCGGUUUGGAGCCAACCCAAACUUCUUUCCUUCAAGAUCUCAAGAUUGCCACCAAGAUCAACAAGGGUCAAAUCGAUAUUGAAAAGGAAGUCCAUUUGAUCAAGGUCGGUCAAAAGGUCGGUGCCUCCGAAGCUACCCUUCUUCAAAAGUUGAACAUCAAGCCAUUCACCUAUGGUUUGGAGAUGAAGAUCGUCUACGAUCAAGGUGCAUGCUAUUCACCAUCCAUCACUGAAGAAGACUUGAUCGCCAAGUUCAAGACUGGUGUUGCCAACAUUGCUGCCAUCUCUUUGGAGAUCGGUUACCCAACCGUUGCUUCCAUCCCACACAGCUUGUUGAACGCCUACAAGAAUCUCUUGGCCAUCUCCUUGGAGACCGAGUACUCUUUCCCAGCCGCCGACAAGUUCAAAGCUGCCCUCUCUGCCGCCCCAGUUGCCUCAGCUGCCCCAGUUGCUGCCGCCUCAACCGCCGCUGCUCCAGCUGCUGCCAAGAAGGAAGAGCCAGAGGAAGCCUCCGACGAAGAUAUGGGUAUGGGUCUCUUCGAUUAA